AAAAUACGCUGUUGAAGAUUCUUAUUGAGUCCCCUAAAAGCAGUCUACAGAGGAGUUGUGAAUUUGAUCAAGAAGUAGUAUAGGAUUACGUUUGACCGUUUAGUAAACGUCAUUUAAUUAUUUGCAUUUGGAAGUAAAAACAGGGCAGCUGCAAUGUGGAUUCAAGUGCGCACCAUGGAUGGCAAGGAGACCCAUCGGAUUGACUCCCUGUCUAAACUUACCAAGGUGGACGAGCUGCGCCUCAAGAUCUCGGAACUCUUUAAGGUUGACCCAGAGAGGCAGAGGCUUUUCUACCGGGGAAAGCAGAUGGAGGAUGGCCACACCAUCUUUGACUACAACGUGGGUCUGAACGACAUAGUGCAGCUGCUUGUUAGACAGGCUGCGCCCCCUGCUGCUGUCCUCAAAAGCAAGGACAAAGAGGCUGAGCUGUCUGACUCUGACUCUGGGUGUGGCUCGGCGCAGAGUGAGUCGGACAAGAGCUCCACCCACGGGGAGGCCGAGGUGCAGGCAGCUUGCACCUCCACCCAAACCGACACGCCAGACCUUGUCGACGCCGGCUUUGGCUGUUACAAGAUUAAUGAGUUUGUUGAUGCCAGAGACUUGAACAUGGGCGCCUGGUUUGAGGCCCAAAUUGUGAACGUUACAAAGACCCCAAAGACAUCUGGAGAGGAGGGCUCUGACGCUAAACCCAGUGAAGAGGAAGUUAUUCACUACCACGUCAAAUAUGAAGACUACCCAGAGAAUGGCGUGGUGCAGCUGCAUUCCAAGGACGUGCGCCCUCGUGCCCGCACCGUCUACCAGUGGCACCAGCUGGAGGCUGGCAUGGUGGUCAUGGUCAACUUUAACCCCGACGAACCCAAGGAGCGCGGCUACUGGUACGACGCCCAGAUCCAGAAGAAGAGGGAGACGCGUACCCUGCACGAGAUCUACGCCAAGAUACUGCUCGGGGAUGCCGGUGACUCCCUGAACGACUGUCGCAUCAUGUUCUUGACUGAGAUUUACAAAAUCGAGGAGCCUGGAGCUUUGGAUGGAUCUGGAGCGGGAUCUGACAGUCCACUGAAAAGGUCAAACGGACCCGAGUGCAAACACUGCAAAGACGACCUCAAGAAGAACUGCCGCUGGUGCAAUUGCCACGUGUGCGGCGUGAAGCAGGACCCGGACAAGCAGCUGCUGUGUGACGAGUGUGACAUGGCCUUCCAUAUCUACUGCCUCAACCCCCCGCUGACCAGCCUCCCCGAUGACGACGACUGGUAUUGUCCCGAGUGCCGCAACGAUGCCAGUGAGGUGGUGCUAGCAGGAGAAAAACUCAAGGACAGUAAGAAAAAAUCCAAGAUGGCGUCCGCCAGCUCAACCAGCCAGAGAGACUGGGGAAAGGGCAUGGCUUGUGUCGGCCGCAGCAAGCAGUGCACCAUCGUGCCCUCCAACCACUAUGGCCCAGUCCCUGGUGUCCCCGUUGGAAGUAUUUGGAAGUUCAGGGUCCAGGUGAGUGAGUCUGGUUGCCACAGGCCACAUGUUGCUGGGAUCCAUGGGAGGAGCAACGAUGGAUCUUACUCCCUAGUUCUGGCAGGGGGCUAUGAAGAUGACCAAGAUGAUGGCAACGAGUUCACCUACACCGGCUCAGGAGGGCGAGACCUGUCUGGCAACAAGAGGACAGCCGAACAGUCGUGUGAUCAGAAGCUCACCAAUAUGAACAGAGCUCUGGCUCUAAACUGCAACGCGUCGGUGAAUGAGAAGGAUGGGGCAGAGGCCAAAGACUGGAAGGCAGGCAAGCCGGUCAGGGUGGUGCGCAGCUCCAAGGGCCGCAAACAUAGCAAGUUCAGCCCCGAAGACGGCAACAGAUACGACGGCAUCUACAAGGUGGUGAAAUACUGGCCAGAGAAGGGCAAGUCCGGCUUCCUGGUCUGGAGGUACCUGCUCAAACGAAACGACGACGAGCCAGCGCCAUGGACCCGGGACGGCAAGGAACGCAUCAAGAAACUGGGACUCACCAUGCAGUAUCCUGAGGGCUAUCUGGAGGCCCAGGCUGCCAAGGAGAAGGAGAAGGAGAACAAGGAGAAGGAAAAUGAAGAGGUGACUGAAACGCCCACCAAAGGGAAGCGGAAGAGGAAGUCUCAGUCUAAUGCAGGAGCUGAAGAGAAGUCGUCACCAGCCAAGGGAACUCCCAAGAAGAUGAAAGUUGAGGCUUAUAAACUGACCAAAGAACAGAAGGCUUGGAUCAAGGGUGACGAGCCCAACAGGAAGCUUUGGGGUGAAGCCAUGGAGUCUCUGGCCCUUGGCCCGAAAUUCCUGAACAAAGUCGAGGAGGUCUUCUCAUGUAUAUGCUGCCAAGAAGUGGUCUUUCAACCUAUCACCACCGAGUGCCAACACAAUGUCUGCAGGGAAUGCCUUCAGCGGUCUUUCAAGGCAGAGGUGUACUCAUGCCCGGCAUGCAGGCACGAUCUGGGAAAAAACAACCCAAUGACUGUCAACAAACCCCUCCAAGCCAUUCUCAACCAGUUCUUCCCAGGAUACAGCAGUGGACGGUGAUAGCUUGUUCCAGCUGCUUGAACAGCAUGGAGACUAUAUAUAUAUAUAUAUAUAUAUAUAUAUAUAUAUAUAUGAACUAUGAGGGCAGUUAAGCAGUUCAGUUCAGACAAAAGAAUAACUUUUCUUUUAAUAUAUUUUGCAAAUGUAGAACUGUCUGUUUGGCGAAAUGCCACCCCUUCUUCUCUGGUCCUAUUUGUCAUUAACUGUAGUUGAUGUAAUUAAACUGCCUUGAUCAAAUGUAUCUGUAACCGUAACGCUCUUCUGUUAACAAUGCAUUUUAACUUUAAUUGCCAAAAUCAAUACACAAGUUUAAUUCCUUCAAGCACAUGCGGUUUUAAGAUGACUACGAUGUGUAUACUUUGCGGAACCUUUUGAUAGAGCAGAUAGACAUGUUAAUCAAUUGCAUACAUUUAUAUUUAGGGAACACUCCCUUAAUUGAAUGUAUUUUAUAUUCUAAGUUUGAUGUCCAAUAGAACUGUCCCUAACUCGUGUGUUUCUUAAGCGAAGCACAACUGAUAAAUCUGUUAGCAACCCCAUUUUUUAAAAAAGUGUCCUCGUAUACCGUGCUUGAGUUAAUGUGUGGUCUUAGAUUGUGCCUGCCAUCACUUGAUGGCAUGGUUAACAUGUAGCCAUUUGCUUGAUUUGUAAUGUAGCAUCGGGCGCUGCUGCAUCCAGAAUGGCUUUUGCUUCAGUACAUUGCUAUGAGCUUUUUGGGCUACAGUAGAAGGAAUUAUGGGUAUGGAUUUGAUAUUGAAACCUCUUCUCCCCCAGAGUUAUUUUUAAAUGUUUAUAAAAAUGACUUCGUCAUGGUGGAUGUGAGUGUCAUUUUAGGUUAUGAAUUAACAUUCCAGUAACAUACAUACUCGUUAUUUCAAAUGUAAGUGUGUAUACGCUUUACAAAGCUUUUUUUUUACAUUUACUUUCCCAUGUGUAAUCUGAUGGAGUUACUGAACAUUUGAUUUCAAUUUGAGGCGAGCAAAAUUACUCACCAGAAAUGUAUACCUUUCACUGGUUGACUCUAUUGUUCCAAUUUAUUUUGUAGUAAUUAUCCCUUUUAAUUGUAAAAUGUAUGUUGCCUUAAUCCUUUAACUGCUGUCUUAAGCACACUGUUUCCAUCUGAUACGUCUGAACAAGCCCAAAGAUGUCAUGUGUAACCUUUGUACAGUUGUGCACAAUUCCUGUUUAGGUGUUCCAUGAAAUGCUUUGAUCCAAGGCAGGGCUAUAGAACACUUAAACAUCUAGCCCUGUUGAACUUUUCCCUGGUGGUUCAACAGGAAAUAUUUAAGAUCCAGAAUUGAAAUUUUGCUCAGUUGUAUAUUUCUGCUUGUUCUAUUCCAAUAUUGCAAAAUGAAUGCCAGUGGCUGCAGAUGUUAGUAAUACCUCAAAUAUUUACUAUUUGCAUAAACUGGAAAUGUAUAUUUUCUAAAAUUGUAUAUUUUUAGAACUUGUUUUUUGAUAUGUAGUAUUGGAAGUUACUUUUACCAAGUGCAGAAUAUCCCAAUAAACCUUCAACCUUUUUUUU